CUCGACCAUGGAUGUCUCCAGUAUAAUAGCGUCAAACGCUGCGAAAUAUCAACUGACGACCGUCGAGAAGGAGACCCCGUUGGAAGUUGAUGCCGCCUUCCUCACUGUAACGGACCUCAAUCCUAUUGACGAAGAUGGCUACAAAUCAAAUCUUGAAGAGCAUCUUCAAGCACUGGCCCGCGAUGGUGUCCAAACCCUUCUGGGCACCUUGUUUUCUCUACCGACCAUUCGUUCCGAGGACGGUCCGCUUGCUCAACUGCCCGCCCCAACGACAUCUCUCCCCCGUGCAAAGCCCCUUCCAAAACCCAAACCACCAACGAAAUGGGAACAAUUCGCUGCCGCCAAAGGCAUCCAGCACAAGACGCGAGACAAGAAGAUCUGGGACGAGGAGCGCCAGGAAUGGGUCAAUCGCUGGGGUCGCGACGGUAAAAACAAAGAGAAGGAGGAGCAGUGGAUCACAGAGGUGCCUCUCAAUGCAGAUGCCGACUUCGAUCCUCGAAAAGUGGCUCGCGACGCUCGUAAAGCUCGGGUGGCCAAAAAUGAGAAGCAGCGAAUCGCCAACGCUGCGCGCGCGAGCGCAUCGACAUCAACACCUGCCGCUUCUCCGCACACCGGGCGCAAAGGCGAGAUCGAACGCACACUGGCUACCUCUCGGCUGAGCACGGCGAGCAUGGGCAAAUUCGAUCAGAAACUGCAAGGGGAAAAGAAACUGCGGGGCAUCAAGCGCAAGUUUGACCCGGCGGAACAAUCACUUUCACACGAAAAGGAUGCAUCUAUCGCUUUGAUUUCUCGAAUGAGCAGUGACGCUAAGAAGAUGAGAAGAGAUGGGCCGGUUCCUGAGGAGAGCGUGCUUAAUGUGCGCAAAGCCGUUCGCCAUGCAAGCAAGGGUAGUGGUGGCGCAGCGUUGGGAAGGUCGAUGGCAGGUGGCUCUAAGGCUGGCAAAGGACAGAAGCGAGGGAAACGCUGA